AUCAGCCUCCGGACGUUGUUGAAAGGCGUGUUACUAUUACCGGUCAACCUGAUGACGUUAAAACCGCUCGAUCAAUGAUUCAACAACUCGUCGAAGACGCUAGUAAUGGGACUUUGACUAGUCGUCGAGAUUCACAUAGUGGCGGUAAUCGCACUACCAUUACGAUUCAUAUUCCCGUUAAUAAAGUUGGUGUCGUAAUUGGACGCGGCGGGGAAACUAUUAGGGACUUGCAAGAUAGAAGUGGCGCACGUAUCAAUGUUACCCCAGAUAGCGCAGCUAGUCCCCAAUCUAAUGAUCGUCCUGUCACUUUAAUUGGUGAUGAAACGGCUGUACAGCGAGCAAAGGCUCUUAUCGAUGAGAUUGUUAAUACUGGAGAAUCGAGUUCUGAUAGGAACCAUCCUAAAGAUUAUCGUUCCAAUAAUUAUGGAAACAAUUAUAAUAAUACCGACAAUAAUCACCAUGGAAACGGUUACAGCGGUGGUCAUUAUGGAUCUAAUCAUGGACAAUAUAAUCAUCAUUCAGGUAAGUCCAGUCAAGAUAGUAUAACCAUCCAAGUUCCGAACGAUUCUGUCGGUUUAAUCAUCGGGAAAGGUGGUGAAACAGUUCGAGCGCUUCAACAACAAUCGGGCGCAAAAAUUCAGAUCGAGCCUGUUCAUGGAGUUCCACCUGUAGAUCGUAACGUACAAAUUAUCGGUACUGCUGAAAAUAUCGCUAUCGCGAAAUCAUUGAUUCUUGAAAAAGCUGCAUCCGGAAAUCGCGAAAGACAAUCUCGGCAUAAUAACGAUCAAGGACGAAACGAUUACGGAUCAAGCGGAUAUCAACAAAGUGGGUAUCAGCAGAGCGGAUACCAGCAAAGUGGAUAUCAGCAAAGCGGUUACCAACAAGGAAGUUAUCAACAGAGUAGCUAUCCGCAAAGUAGCUACUCACCAAGUAGUGGGUACCAACAAGGUGGAGUUAGCAGCGCUAAUAGCACUGCUAGUGGUUAUCCUAGCGCCAAUACUUAUGGAGUAGCAGGACAACAACCACAAACGGCUUACAGUCAAUAUGGCCAAUACGGUACUGCUCAAGCUGCGACACCAUACAGCCAAUAUCCAACACAGACACAAUACGGAGCUUAUGGUCAAACCACCCAGUAUAGUCAAUCCACCCCCGGACAACCCGUUGGGCAACCCACUAUUCAGCCUGUGAUUCAACCCGUGAUACAGGCUGUUAAUAAUCAACCUACUGGUCAACCAAGUGUUCAACCGCAAGUUGGGUAUUACUCAGCUCAAACGACUACGAUGGAUCCAAACAAAAUUGGAUCGGGAAAUGAAAUUAAGUCCGAUGUUCAAGCAGUAUCGGCCACACCGAACUACGCUUACCAGCAAUAUGGAUAUAAUUAUGGAACGCCAACUUCAAAUCAAUAUCCAACUGUUGCUACCGGACAAAUUCAAACUGCCGCUGUCAGUCAAGCUGCUGGUGGGUAUCCUCUUUUAGGUGCUACUGCGACCGCGUAUGGUACUCCCACGGCAAUCAAUACCG